AUGUAAAUAAAGAACUUCCGGGAGUGUCCACAAAAUUUACCUUUUUUUCCCAAUAAUCUGUGCCAAGUUAUGGAUUAACGAUUUGAAAUAAUUGAUCACGAUGACUAGAUAGCGGACAGUUUAAUCAGCGAUCACUAGAUUCUAUUUUUGAUGUUAUUUAUUAUAUAGGUCACGAAAUAAUCACGGUUUUUGUUCACGUGCUUGUAGAUCUAUACAUUUACAAUUAUUUUACCUUUGUUCGACCUCACUGGACAGUGGGUUUCAUUGAUAAACAAUCUGGAACACAACACCUUAGCAUACUGCCGGGUUGCAACAAACUCGCCGUCGGGGGCAUUGUCUGAGUCGUCCUCAAGCUCGUCGUCGGCGUCUGAUUAUGAACAGCAUUUGGAGGGAACGUUUAAGGUUGCACCACAUGAGAACCCUCCAAAACUUAUGGAUUCUAACAUAACGCUGUGGCAGUUUCUGCUAGACUUGCUGGUCAGUAACAAUCAUAAAGACAUCAUCCAGUGGACAAACAACGAGGGCGAGUUCAAACUCCUCAACCCGGAGGAGGUCGCAAACCUCUGGGGACGCCGGAAGAAUAAGCUGAAUAUGAACUAUGACAAACUCAGUAGGGCAUUGAGGUAUUAUUAUGAUAAAAAUAUCAUUAAAAAGGUCAUGGGACAGAAGUUCAUGUAUAAAUUUGUCUCAUUUCCGGAAAUUGUAAAAAUGGAAACAAAAGUUCCAUUUAAACAAAAGAUGGAAACUUUGGCACAGGAAUAUGGCCAACAAGUGUUUCCGCAUUUGGCUUCGUAUAACGCGGCAAACAUCAAGUCGUCUGCUGAAAACGCAACGCUGGGAUUUAUAAAGAAAGAGGAAGAGUCUGCCGCAUCUGAAAGGAUGGAUAUAUCUCAGUAUUAUGCCGAAACGACCAUUAAGGAAGAACGAAACAUUCUUAAGGUCUCCUCAAGAUCUCAAAAUGGACACGUGAAUGUGAUGACGUCAUCAGCACCAAUGUCGUCUGUUGUGCUGGUACCGUCGCACACAACAUCCAACUCAGUUCAAAGUGCCUUAAAAAGACCUGAAAGCAGUAAGGGUUCAACAAAACCGAAACCGAAUCCACUGAUGUUGAACGUAAAUCCAUCGGUACAGACGACAAUAACUGCAGCUUCAUCAGUUCCGUUACUUAGUCCCAGACUUUUCCCGCCACAAUUUUCAUCAAUGCACACACCAUAUGUUUUAGCAAGUCCGAUGGUAGGGGUACCAAGAACCCCGAUUCCAUUACAUUUUUGGAGUUCCCUUAGUCCAAUAGCAACGCUAAGUCCUCGCUUGGCAACAUCUACUUCCGCUUUUCAGUUUCCUAUAGUUAAUGGUCAGUUAUCGCAUGGUCAGUUACCGCUGCCAAACUUCAGUGCGAUCGAAGGACUCUCGUCACCAGUAGUGUCUUCCCCGACACAUAAAAAGAUAUCCGUUUUAUGAAAGGUCAAACUUUAGAAGAAAAGAUACGUUUCAGCAACACCAAUUCGGGCAUUAGUUUCUUAAAAUGUUUAAUGGUGUCACGAUAGAAAACACCGCGUUCUAUAGACCUGCAUUGUGCGCUUUUGCUAAAAUUAUGGAGACUUUAAACACAUGUUUUCUUUACUCUUGGCCUAAAUAUCUUUGUGGAAUCUGAUGAAAAUUGUGACGAAAGAGAUACGGAUAUCAGAUAAUGUAUGGUUUUGGAAAAUGAAUGGAACUGGAAAUUUGUGAUUUAUGAUAAUUGGGUAUUGCAAAUACGUCUGUCAAAAAUGAAUUACGUCACCAAAUAAGUUAUCAGCUAUAUUAAUGGGAUAUUACUAUACGUGGCAAAUGGCAAAAAAAGAGGUAACCAGAAGUAAAUAUAAUAGCGACGGAUAUUUCUAAUGUUGUUUGUUAACUGACAUUUGCAUACAAGUACAAGUAUUUGGAGUGUAAUUUCUAAUCGAAAAUCAAAUACCGGCGCAAUCAUUCUUGACGUGAUGAGACAAAAAUCGCUUACCAUGAAAACUUUUAGACGAAACAGUACAGUUGUUGGUUUUGAUUAGUAAUAAUUAAAACAUUUAAGUUUCCUAAGGGGCAAUAGGUGUAACGUUCGAUGUCAUUACACGGGAAGUAAAAUCUAUUUUGAUUGAUUGACAGAUUGACAUGAGUCACGUUCGUGCGCGUGCCAUAUGUGCAUACACAAUCAAACUGAAAUCCAAGAUACAUAUUUUUGUGAUAUUAUUGUUGCUAUAUUUUUUUCUGGGACCAGUUACUGUUCUUGAAAUGUUACACUCCGGACAAUUUUAAAAUGUUGUGGGCAUAUCUCUUCUUUUGAAAAUGCAUAAGCUAUUGUGCUGAAUAAGCAACUUGAAUAAGGACGGCUUUAAAGAAUAUUCAAAUCUACCCUACAACUCUAGAAUACACGAAGUAACGGGCGUUUGGUUGGCACGUUUGGAUGUAAUGUUGACAAUAUAUUUUCGUACCGAGUGUAACAUUUCCCCUUAUUUAUGUUUACAUGUUAUACUUUCUUCGUAUUACUAUAUGUAUUAAAUGUAUAUUUUUGUUUCCUAUAAAGGUAUUAAUAGUAGGCCUAAUUUUCGCUUUCAUUUUUUGUUUAACGGUAAUUUCAGUUAUUAUUAGCCCCAUACUUAGCGUCUGUGUUUGGUAUGUCCGACAUAAGACUCAACAUUCCUGUAACAUACGAGGAUAUAUUCACAAUCGAACUGCCAUUUAAGAACUCAUUUUACACGGCUUGUAUAUGAUCAUUUUUGUAUUAUAAUAAAUUUCUUGCAAGCUAAUUCCUGGUGGUGUACAUUUUGCAAAUCCCAUUAUUAUGUAUUUCUGGCUACUUUUGCUGAAGCCGUCGCUGUAUUCAUUUGUGUACUUCAAACCAUGUAAACCGCGGAGUUGAAAUAGGGUCGCUGGUCAAAAUUUAUUUCUCUUAUAUUUUUAAACAAUUAUUGUAUUAUUAGAUAAUGUAUGAUAAUACUACACUAAAAUCUUUUGACAGCCACCACCUGACUGAAGACCACUCCAUGUAGUUUUAAAUAUAUGCAACUUUAUUUUUGUAGUUUGAUCUGUAAGAGAAUAAAAUAUCUUUCUUGCUCUCUAAAAGUGGUCUUUUCACAAAAAGUUGACUGUUUAAAGAAAAGAAUCUCUGACAGUUAAAGAUAGAUAUUUUUUCAACUCGACAAAAGUGCUUGGUCAGUGACGUCUAUCGCAUAAUUAGCGUCCUGUCUCCAUUUCUGUCCAUUAGCGUUUCCCCAGCAUCUAAACGUCUGUUAAAAGUGCUAUGCAUGUAAAUUUUAAAAUGUACAUUUCUGUUAUUUGGACUUGCAUCAUUUUUUGAUGUCAGAUAUUUUUUUAUUUGCUAUUGAGAAGAAAUGAAUGCGUAUCAAACUGAGUUUGUAGAUCAGUCUGAGAACAAGGUCAGAAUCAACCAAUCAGGUGCUUGAGUUUUGAGACUGGUUACCAAACUUAAGUUUUUAUAAUGAUUACUACUAGUGCUGCAUUAGACACCAGUCUGAUAAACCAUUGGUGCCAACAUUUUUAAGUAUAGCGUGCGAUACGAAUUACUUUUUAGCUCACCUGAGCACGGAGUGCUCAAGUUGAGUUACUGUGACCGGUCAUUGUCCGGCGUUCGUCGUCGUGCGUCGUCCGUCAGUAUUUGCCUUGUUAAUACUAGAGGCCACAGUUGUGACCCAACCUUUAUGAAUCUUGGUCGGAAUGUUUGUCUUCAUAUUCUGUGGGUCAAGUUUGAAACUGGGUCCUGUGGGGUCAAAAACUAGGUCAGUAAGCCAGAUCAAAGGAAAAUCUUGUCAACACUCUUGAGUCCACAGUUUAAGUUUGAAACUCAUGAGAGUUUGUCGAUGUCCGCUAGGUCAAGUUUGAAUCUGGGUCAUGUGGGUCAAAAAACUAGGUCACCCUGUCGAAUGAAAGGAAAAGCUGGUUAAUAUUCUAGAGACCACAUUUAUAACCCAAUCUUUAUGAAUCUUGGUCAGAAUGUUUAACUUGAUGAGUUUCAGGCCAAGUUCGAAACUUAGCCAUGUGGGAUCAAAACUAGGUCACUAGGCCAGAUCAAAGGAAAAUAUUGUUAACACUCCUGAGACCACAUUUUGAGUUUGAAACUCAUGAGAAUUGGUAAGAAUGUUUGUCUUGAUGACCUCUAGGUCAGGUUAGAAUCUGGGUCAUUUGACCCUGUCUUCAUGAGACUUGGUCAGAAUGUUUGUCUUGAUGACGGUUAGUUCAAGUUCUAGAUCAUGUGGGGUCAAAAACUAGGUCACCUGAUCAAAUCAAAGGAAACGUUUGUGAAGAAUCUAGAUGCCACAUUUAUUACCCUAUCUUCAUGAAACUUGGUCAGAUUGUAAUCUUAAUGAUUUCUAGGCCAAGUUCAAAACUGUGUCAUAUGGGUCAAAAACUACGUCACUAGGCCAGUUCAAAGGAAAAUCUUGUUAACAGUCUAGAGGCCAAAUUGUAAGUUCGCAACUCCUGAGAAUUUGUCAGAAUGGGUUUUUUUCUGAGCUACUGUGACCGGUCAUUGGCUGGCGUCUUUGGUCGUUCAUCGUCCGUCAAAAUUUGAGUUGUGACCCAAUCUGUAUGAAACUUGGUCAGCAUGUUUGACUUGAUGAUCUCUAGAUCAAGUUCGAAACUGGGUCAUGUGGUCUCAGAAAGUAGGUCACUAGGUCACCUAGUCAAAGGAAAAGCUUGUUAACAAUCUAGAGACCACUCUUUUUGUUUCAUAAUGUUGAAACUUGUUCAAAAUUUAAGUCUUGAUGAUCUGUGUCAGAUAUGGUUAAAACCUAGGUCGUUUUUUUUUUCAUAUAAAAAGAAAAUCAUGUUGACACACAAAAGGGCAUUUUCAGGGAACAGAUAACACUAUAGGUCAAUUUAAUUUUUUAAGCAUUUUCUGGAAAUUUCAAUUUAAUUAAAACACCGGCUCAUAAUUAGUUUUUAUGGCAUGUCGUUUGUCAUCAACAAUCAAAGUGUGCCUACGGAAAACCCAUGAGCAGGAUAUUUGAUGAAAAUGAAUUACUCAGGUGAGCGAUCUAUGGUGGUCAUGACCCUCUUGUUUUAUCAACGUAGUAUUUUUCUUCUGGCAACUUACAUGUGUUAUUGUUUGUUUAUGUAUUUGGUAAAUGACGUUCUUUCCUCCUUUGUUAUUUUUUCUCAUGUUGAACAAGACAAACCUUCUGUUUACAUUUUAGGUCGUCUACCCUUUGUUUUUGUAAUGAUUCUAUAACACAAGCCAUAUGUUAACAUUCAUUUAUUCAGUAUGAACAUUAAAAAAGCAGCGAAAUAACUAUUUGACAUUCGUACACCGAAUACAAAAAUAAGCAUACAUAUAUACUUUAACCAUAACUUGGGAUGCAUUCGUUGAUUUACAUAAAUUCUUAGAUGAUACGGGAUAGAUCCGGAAAUUAAUAAGUUUUUCUCCAGUUUCUUUUAAUGACGUUAAAUAAUAAUUGAGCCGUGCCAUGAGAAAACCAACAUAGUGCAUUUGCGUUUACGACCAGCAUGGAUCCAGACCAGACUGUCAGGAUCCAUGCUGUUCGCUUUCAAAGCAUAUUGCAAUUAGAGAAACUAUUAGCGAACAGCAUGGAUCCUGACCAGACUGCACGGAUGCGCAGGCUGGUCUGGAUCCAUGCUGGUCGCAAAGCCACUAUGUUGGUUUUCUCAUGGCGCGGCUCAAUUAUUCAGUUAUUUUCACUCUUAAAUUUCGAAUUAUUAAAAAGAAGUAGAUAUCUGCAUAAAGAUUAUUACUAAUAAUUUUUAAACAGGAAAUAUGUAUACAUUAAUUUGAAUAUGCACGCGGUUUCGGUUUUCGUAUAUUUUGAUGUUUAAGUAAUGCAAAUUUUUGUAAAAAUUUUUCCGGACCCUAAUAGAAAUCAAAUUCAUUGCAAUAUUUUGUUGUUGAUCCUCAUCAAUUGUUGUAUGGCUACCAGUGUUGUUACGACUGUAUGCAGUAACUUGUUGAUGUAAAAAAUCCGUUAAAAUCUUUCAAGAAGUUCAUUUUUUUACUUUGAAUGUUUAAAAGGAUUAGCCGCAGUUUUUUUUAUAUUUUUCAAUUUGCCAUGUCGUUAAAAUCAUUUAUUUUUGCCAGACAACAAGUAAAACUUGAUGUCUUUUGAAGUAUAAACAGUUGUUAUUUAAAUGAACAGCGUGUACAGUUCAGUUACAAAAUCUGAUACAUUUUAUAACAGUGUGUAAAUUUUAUGUCUCAAAUUAAAUUUUGAAGAAAAUUGUU